AUGGAUUCUGUUCCAGGCAAGGCUUUUCUGCUUGUUCAGCUCUUGCUCCUACUCAGCUGCUUCCAAGAAGCCUACUGUUUUUUCCCCCAACCGCCGGUUUACCCUCCGACCCAGCACUACCACCACCACCACCACCAUGCUCCUGGCCACCCUCCAUUCUACCCACCGUUUCACCACCACGGUCACCCCCUGAUCCCCGCACCUUCUGUCAGUCCCAUGUAUCCUCCGGCUCACCCCCCAGUUAAACCGCCGUUCCACCACCCUCCUUAUUCAAGGGGCUUCAUAGCCGUUCAAGGCCUCGUUUAUUGCAAGUCCUGCAAAAACACCCUCUACGGCGCUACACCCAUUUUUGGUGCCCAAGUAAAGCUCCUGUGCAAGAACACCAGGCACACGGUGGUGGUGACUGAAAAGACCAACAAGAAUGGCUACUUCUUCCUCCAAGCACCAAGGACGGUCACGAGCUUCGCCUCCCACAAGUGCAAGGUCUAUUUGGUCUCAUCUCCAAUCUCCUCGUGCAGUCAGCCAUCUAAUCUCAACGGUGGAUUGACCGGUGCCUACUUGAAGUGGGAGAAGCCGCCGUUGAUCAAGCUCCCGUUCAUCCUCUACUCGGUCGGACCUCUUGCAUUCGAGCACAAGUGCAGAGCCCCAUGA